AUGCGCUCGGUCGAGGAGAUGGCGACGUCGCACAUCCUGUCCGCCAUCGAUCCUAUCAUCGUUGGUUCGAGCAACACCACGUCCGGAGGUGGAAUGAAUGGGAGUGAUCCGAGUGGCGGUUCCGGCGGUGGCAGCAAUGGCGGCAGUUCCGGCAUCGGUGGUGGCCUUCUCCAGCCCGGCGGCUCGACGAUUGUAGGCCGAGGAGGCGCAGGAGAUCGCAAUAGCCUUGCGGUUACGCUGGAUGAUCGCGACCUCUGGUUGCGUUUUCAAAAUCUCACCAACGAAAUGAUCGUCACCAAAAAUGGCCGCCGCAUGUUCCCGGUGGUGAAGGUGACCGCUACCGGGCUCGACCCGACCGCCAUGUACACGGUGUUGCUGGAAUUUUCCCAAGUCGAUUCGCACCGCUGGAAGUACGUCAACGGCGAAUGGGUCGCGGGUGGAAAGGCAGAGGCGCCACCCCCAAACCCAGUGUACGUGCACCCGGAGUCGCCAAACUUCGGCCAGCACUGGAUGAAGGAACCAAUCUCGUUCGCAAAGGUGAAGCUUACCAACAAAACGAACGGGAACGGGCAGAUCAUGCUUAACUCAUUGCACAAGUACGAACCGCGCGUUCACCUGGUACAGGUCGUGUCGGAUGCGCGUGAUCAGCGCAAUGUUCACACGUACCCGUUCCCAGAGACGCAGUUCAUCGCGGUGACAGCGUACCAGAACGAGGAGGUCACCUCACUCAAGAUCAAGUACAACCCAUUCGCGAAGGCGUUCCUUGAUGCGAAGGAACGCCCGGACUCGGUGUACUCGCGUGAGAGCUCCACUUACGGGUGGCUCAAUUUCCAUCCAUCGUACGCGACGGCUCAAUCCCCAUUACAGGCUCAGGUGGACCGUUCCUAUGCGCAACACUCGCACGCGGGUGCUUCACGAACGAAUCGAGUCACUCCGUACACGACUCAGCGUUCAAGGAACGCGAGCGGCAGUUCGUCACCGCAGCACAGCUCGGCCUAUCUACCGUUGGAUCCCGUGCCAACGCCCGUGUUCUCGUCGUAUCCGUCCACCUGGCAAACGCAAACUACUGCGGGUGGGUCCUACUGGAGCAAUGCGUCUGGUUCAGCGCAAUCUGGUCCGAAUUCGAACGCAAGUCCUAACUCAAUUGCUCCCAACAUCUCGCCAACACCCUCAAAUGGCGGUUCGCCAUCUUACGCGGCCUCUUCACCGACCUAUCCGGUCAGCCAUCCAGCUCUGACGCCGCAACACCCGCAGUAUAUCCCAGUGUCAGGGGCGCAGAUGGAGGGCAUCUACCAGCCUGCCGGGUCGCCACAACAGCUCUAUACGCCUUCAGGUCAUCAGAUCUAUCACCCCACACCGACGCAGGUGUCGCCGAAUCACCAGCUGUACGGAAAUGUGCUAAACGCGCCCUCCAUCUCGAACCUGGGCUACUCCACAUCCUGGCACAGCGCGGGUGACUUCAGUGUCUACCAAAGCACGUACCACUACCCAACGGCUGAGUACAUCCCGAUGAUAGGCGAGAUUAAUACCUACAAUCACCCGUCGGAUAUCACGGAGCUGACGUCGGUGGGCGCGUCCCAUCGACAUCUUGAGCCAACCGGAGCUUCUCCACUGCAGUAUCACACACACGCACAUCACGGCCAUCACAUGAGCGAGGCAUCUUCGCUGGUUCCAGCUCAUCAUCCACAUCAUCAGCACGGACCGACGAGCGCACAUUGUAACGAGAACCACAGCCCGGAACCGACACCCGGUACGGUGGCAACUAGCGUGUCCAGUGCGCUUAAUACGGUGGGCUCUUCACCUGGACCUGGCUCGAACCAGUUGUCUCACAGUCCGAGCCGUACGACGCUGAACUCCGUUGGGAGUGCCUGGACGCCAUUGACUCCGCCGCAGACUACGAGCAUUUAAGCCGCCGACGAACACUUAAACAUCAAACAGGGACGCACCGGCAGAACGUAGAGACAUGCUUGGAGGCUGAUGCGCUAUCGGCGAAGGGCACGGCAAAGGGUUGCGGGACGAAAGAGUGGCGUACUCCGGCCCAGAGAAGGAUUGUCGCAGGAUGUUGC